CGAGCGUUUGUUGAUUAAUCAUUGAUUGGAUCACUGGAUAAAACAACUUCUCAUUUACCGUUGAAAUUGUUUUGGCAAGUCAUACAAUUAGACAGGUUUGCUCUUCAGUCUCCGCCGCUGCUUAUUAAAAUAAUGGCAGCAUCUCAGAAAUGUCUUGGAAAAGGAAGCUCUGCUCCUCACCCUGUGCCAAAGGACCAUAUACGGCUUUACAGCAUGAGAUUCUGCCCUUUUGCCCAACGAACAAGAUUGGUGCUCAAUGCCAAGGGAAUUAAGCAUGACAUUGUCAACAUCAAUCUAAAGAAUAAGCCUGAUUGGUUUUUGGAGAAGAAUGCUCUUGGUUUAGUGCCAACACUGGAGACCCCGAGUGGUCAGGUGAUCUAUGAGUCACCAAUCACCUGCGAUUACCUGGAUGAGGCCUACCCUGAGAAGAAACUGCUCCCAUCCAACCCCUUUGAGAGGGCCCAACAAAAAAUGUUGCUGGAGCAUUUCUCAAAGGUGGUCCCCUACUUCUAUAAGAUCCCUGUUGGCAAGACAAAAGGAGAAGAUGUGUCUGUACUUGAAGCUGAACUUAAAGAGAAGUUUGUCCAAUUUAAUGAGACACUUGUCAACAAGAAGACCAAGUUUUUUGGAGGAGAUUCGAUAACAAUGAUUGACUACAUGAUGUGGCCAUGGUUUGAGAGGUUGGAGAUGAUGGAUCUGAAGCACUGUGUGGAGGACACUCCUCGGCUGAAGAAGUGGACUGAAGACAUGUUGGAGGAUCCCACUGUAAAAGCCACGAUGUUCAGCACUGACACCUACAAGGUGUUCUAUAAGUCCUACAUGGAAGGAAAUCCCGAUUAUGAUUAUGGUUUAUAGAAUAAAUCAUUGUUCAAAAGCAUACCUGUCUGUUUUAACAGAUUUUAUUUCAGAAGGUACAUUAAUAUCUGUCCAACUUUUAUACUGUGAUCCUGAUUAAUAUGAAAAGUGAAUUCCAGUUCUCUUUGUGGAUCUAAAAAAAAAAUAAAACUCUUAUAUAACUGU